AUGCCCCCCAAAGCCGCAGCACAGGACGACGCGUCCAAGACCCACUCGACGCGACCGGCCCAGGAAGACGCCGCCAAAGUCACCAAGCCCGGCGGCAAAGGCUCCGGAAAGCGUGGCCGUCCCAAGAUGGACCCGGCUCUGCGCAAGACUCAGGUCUACGUGCCCACCGGCCGCCCUCGCGGCCGCCCGCCCAAGGACCCGUCACAGAAGAAGACCGCCACUCCCAAGGCGCCCUCCACCCCCGGCGCCGGUCGCGGCCGUGGCCGCCCUGUCGGCUCGACCAAGAAGGCGGCUACCAGCACCGCUGCCGCAGUGGCCAGUGUAGCGGCUGCUGUCUCUGCCGCCAAGACCCCCGGCAAGCGUGGCCGCAAAAGCAAAGCCGCGCUGGAGGCCGAGCGGCUUGAGAAGGAGGCUGCCGACGAGAACGGUAGCGACGACGAUGACGACGACGACGAAGACGAUAGCGAGGCCAAGGCCAACGGUGCGGACGACGACGAGGACAGCGGUGAGUCAUGA